AUGGAUUCCUGCCCGCGCCUCGAGUCGUUUCACGUGCAAACGGACAUGCUUCAAUUCGGCCUGCCUGACGAUUUGCCUGAUUUGGUAACCGCAAUCUCUUCCUCCGCUGGCUCGGCAGACGAAGCAUUCUCGGGAGGUUCGGCAGGCUCGUCGGAGUUACCCCUACUCACAGAAUUGCUACCAGGCUCGAAGCAUCGGCGGCAGCGGCUAUCCCAUCUUUCUCUUCCUCUGCAUCGUGCCCUGUCCGCCUCAUUCACACCCACCUCCUUCACCUCAACGUUCCCUCACCUCCGCUCACUCCAUCUUCACGUGGCCUGUGAGAACGAGUCGUUUUUCGCCGCCCCCGCUCCGUUUUCGCGACUGCGCGCAUUACAAGAGCUUCGCAUAUCGUGUUAUCACGACGAGCUCAGGCCCAGCUCCGAGGACCAGGCGCCAAGCCUCUCGCCAGACCUGUUUCUUGGCUUGGAACAUUCGCUCAACAAGCUGACACUCAACCUUCAGAUCGGCUCACGCAAUCUCGAUGGCAGCUUGUCAUUUGUACCCGUUAUCAGACAGCCCAAUAACGUUAUAAGAUUGCUCCCGGAUUCCAUAUGGGGGCUGGAGCGGCUGGGGGAACUGGAGACGGAUCUGUGGAGCAGCAGAGCAGCAGCGAGACGGCAGGAGAGGCGAGCUAGAGCCGUGCAGCUGGAGAGGCGAACCGCGUUGCGAGUGAUGGGCUUUAACGAGGCUGCUGCUGCUGCUGCUGCUGCUGGGGCUGGGGCUGUUACAACCGCAGCUGCUGACGUGGCGAACGUGGGCAACGAGGGGGAAGUGGGAGGGUUUGGGGAACGGCAGCAGCAGCAGCAGCAGCAGCAGCAGCAGCAGCAGCAGCAGCAGCAGCAGCAGCAGCAGCAGCAGCAGCAGCAGCAGCAGCAGCAGCAGCAGCAGCAGCAGCAGCAGCAGCAGCAGCAGCAGCAGCAGCAGCAGCAGCAGCAGCAGCAGCAGCAGCAGCAGCAGCAGCAGCAGCAGCAGCAGCAGCAGCAGCAGCAGCAGCAGCAGCAGCAGCAGCAGCAGCAGCAGCAGCAGCAGCAGCAGCAGCAGCAGCAGCAGCAGCAGCAGCAGCAGCAGCAGCAGCAGCAGCAGCAGCAGCAGCAGCAGCAGCAGCAGCAGCAGCAGCAGCAGCAGCAGCAGCAGCAGCAGCAGCAGCAGCAGCAGCAGCAGCAGCAGCAGCAGCAGCAGCAGCAGCAGCAGCAGCAGCAGCAGCAGCAGCAGCAGCAGCAGCAGCAGCAGCAGCAGCAGCAGCAGCAGCAGCAGCAGCAGCAGCAGCAGCAGCAGCAGCAGCAGCAGCAGCAGCAGCAGCAGCAGCAGCAGCAGCAGCAGCAGCAGCAGCAGCAGCAGCAGCAGCAGCAGCAGCAGCAGCAGCAGCAGCAGCAGCAGCAGCAGCAGCAGCAGCAGCAGCAGCAGCAGCAGCAGCAGCAGCAGCAGCAGCAGCACAGCAGCAGCAGCAGCAGCAGCAGCAGCAGCAGCAGCAGCAGCAGCAGCAGCAGCAGCAGCAGCAGCAGCAGCAGCAGCAGCAGCAGCAGCAGCAGCAGCAGCAGCAGCAGCAGCAGCAGCAGCAGCAGCAGCAGCAGCAGCAGCAGCAGCAGCAGCAGCAGCAGCAGCAGCAGCAGCAGCAGCAGCAGCAGCAGCAGCAGCAGCAGCAGCAGCAGCAGCAGCAGCAGCAGCAGCAGCAGCAGCAGCAGCAGCAGCAGCAGCAGCAGCAGCAGCAGCAGCAGCAGCAGCAGCAGCAGCAGCAGCAGCAGCAGCAGCAGCAGCAGCAGCAGCAGCAGCAGCAGCAGCAGCAGCAGCAGCAGCAGCAGCAGCAGCAGCAGCAGCAGCAGCAGCAGCAGCAGCAGCAGCAGCAGCAGCAGCAGCAGCAGCAGCAGCAGCAGCAGCAGCAGCAGCAGCAGCAGCAGCAGCAGCAGCAGCAGCAGCAGCAGCAGCAGCAGCAGCAGCACAGCAGCAGCAGCAGCAGCAGCAGCAGCAGCAGCAGCAGCAGCAGCAGCAGCAGCAGCAGCAGCAGCAGCAGCAGCAGCAGCAGCAGCAGCAGCAGCAGCAGCAGCAGCAGCAGCAGCAGCAGCAGCAGCAGCAGCAGCAGCAGCAGCAGCAGCAGCAGCAGCAGCAGCAGCAGCAGCAGCAGCAGCAGCAGCAGCAGCAGCAGCAGCAGCAGCAGCAGCAGCAGCAGCAGCAGCAGCAGCAGCAGCAGCAGCAGCAGCAGCAGCAGCAGCAGCAGCAGCAGCAGCAGCAGCAGCAGCAGCAGCAGCAGCAGCAGCAGCAGCAGCAGCAGCAGCAGCAGCAGCAGCAGCAGCAGCAGCAGCAGCAGCAGCAGCAGCAGCAGCAGCAGCAGCAGCAGCAGCAGCAGCAGCAGCAGCAGCAGCAGCAGCAGCAGCAGCAGCAGCAGCAGCAGCAGCAGCAGCAGCAGCAGCAGCAGCAGCAGCAGCAGCAGCAGCAGCAGCAGCAGCAGCAGCAGCAGCAGCAGCAGCAGCAGCAGCAGCAGCAGCAGCAGCAGCAGCAGCAGCAGCAGCAGCAGCAGCAGCAGCAGCAGCAGCAGCAGCAGCAGCAGCAGCAGCAGCAGCAGCAGCAGCAGCAGCAGCAGCAGCAGCAGCAGCAGCAGCAGCAGCAGCAGCAGCAGCAGCAGCAGCAGCAGCAGCAGCAGCAGCAGCAGCAGCAGCAGCAGCAGCAGCAGCAGCAGCAGCAGCAGCAGCAGCAGCAGCAGCAGCAGCAGCAGCAGCAGCAGCAGCAGCAGCAGCAGCAGCAGCAGCAGCAGCAGCAGCAGCAGCAGCAGCAGCAGCAGCAGCAGCAGCAGCAGCAGCAGCAGCAGCAGCAGCAGCAGCAGCAGCAGCAGCAGCAGCAGCAGCAGCAGCAGCAGCAGCAGCAGCAGCAGCAGCAGCAGCAGCAGCAGCAGCAGCAGCAGCAGCAGCAGCAGCAGCAGCAGCAGCAGCAGCAGCAGCAGCAGCAGCAGCAGCAGCAGCAGCAGCAGCAGCAGCAGCAGCAGCAGCAGCAGCAGCAGCAGCAGCAGCAGCAGCAGCAGCAGCAGCAGCAGCAGCAGCAGCAGCAGCAGCAGCAGCAGCAGCAGCAGCAGCAGCAGCAGCAGCAGCAGCAGCAGCAGCAGCAGCAGCAGCAGCAGCAGCAGCAGCAGCAGCAGCAGCAGCAGCAGCAGCAGCAGCAGCAGCAGCAGCAGCAGCAGCAGCAGCAGCAGCAGCAGCAGCAGCAGCAGCAGCAGCAGCAGCAGCAGCAGCAGCAGCAGCAGCAGCAGCAGCAGCAGCAGCAGCAGCAGCAGCAGCAGCAGCAGCAGCAGCAGCAGCAGCAGCAGCAGCAGCAGCAGCAGCAGCAGCAGCAGCAGCAGCAGCAGCAGCAGCAGCAGCAGCAGCAGCAGCAGCAGCAGCAGCAGCAGCAGCAGCAGCAGCAGCAGCAGCAGCAGCAGCAGCAGCAGCAGCAGCAGCAGCAGCAGCAGCAGCAGCAGCAGCAGCAGCAGCAGCAGCAGCAGCAGCAGCAGCAGCAGCAGCAGCAGCAGCAGCAGCAGCAGCAGCAGCAGCAGCAGCAGCAGCAGCAGCAGCAGCAGCAGCAGCAGCAGCAGCAGCAGCAGCAGCAGCAGCAGCAGCAGCAGCAGCAGCAGCAGCAGCAGCAGCAGCAGCAGCAGCAGCAGCAGCAGCAGCAGCAGCAGCAGCAGCAGCAGCAGCAGCAGCAGCAGCAGCAGCAGCAGCAGCAGCAGCAGCAGCAGCAGCAGCAGCAGCAGCAGCAGCAGCAGCAGCAGCAGCAGCAGCAGCAGCAGCAGCAGCAGCAGCAGCAGCAGCAGCAGCAGCAGCAGCAGCAGCAGCAGCAGCAGCAGCAGCAGCAGCAGCAGCAGCAGCAGCAGCAGCAGCAGCAGCAGCACAGCAGCAGCAGCAGCAGCAGCAGCAGCAGCAGCAGCAGCAGCAGCAGCAGCAGCAGCAGCAGCAGCAGCAGCAGCAGCAGCAGCAGCAGCACAGCAGCAGCAGCAGCAGCAGCAGCAGCAGCAGCAGCAGCAGCAGCAGCAGCAGCAGCAGCAGCAGCAGCAGCAGCAGCAGCAGCAGCAGCAGCAGCAGCAGCAGCAGCAGCAGCAGCAGCAGCAGCAGCAGCAGCAGCAGCAGCAGCAGCAGCAGCAGCAGCAGCAGCAGCAGCACAGCAGCAGCAGCAGCAGCAGCAGCAGCAGCAGCAGCAGCAGCAGCAGCAGCAGCAGCAGCAGCAGCAGCAGCAGCAGCAGCAGCAGCAGCAGCAGCAGCAGCAGCAGCAGCAGCAGCAGCAGCAGCAGCAGCAGCAGCAGCAGCAGCAGCAGCAGCAGCAGCAGCAGCAGCAGCAGCAGCAGCAGCAGCAGCAGCAGCAGCAGCAGCAGCAGCAGCAGCAGCAGCAGCAGCAGCAGCAGCAGCAGCAGCACAGCAGCAGCAGCAGCAGCAGCAGCAGCAGCAGCAGCAGCAGCAGCAGCAGCAGCAGCAGCAGCAGCAGCAGCAGCAGCAGCAGCAGCAGCAGCAGCAGCAGCAGCAGCAGCAGCAGCAGCAGCAGCAGCAGCAGCAGCAGCAGCAGCAGCAGCAGCAGCAGCAGCAGCAGCAGCAGCAGCAGCAGCAGCAGCAGCAGCAGCAGCAGCAGCAGCAGCAGCAGCAGCAGCAGCAGCAGCAGCAGCAGCAGCAGCAGCAGCAGCAGCAGCAGCAGCAGCAGCAGCAGCAGCAGCAGCAGCAGCAGCAGCAGCAGCAGCAGCAGCAGCAGCAGCAGCAGCAGCAGCAGCAGCAGCAGCAGCAGCAGCAGCAGCAGCAGCAGCAGCAGCAGCAGCAGCAGCAGCAGCAGCAGCAGCAGCAGCAGCAGCAGCAGCAGCAGCAGCAGCAGCAGCAGCAGCAGCAGCAGCAGCAGCAGCAGCAGCAGCAGCAGCAGCAGCAGCAGCAGCAGCAGCAGCAGCAGCAGCAGCAGCAGCAGCAGCAGCAGCAGCAGCAGCAGCAGCAGCAGCAGCAGCAGCAGCAGCAGCAGCAGCAGCAGCAGCAGCAGCAGCAGCAGCAGCAGCAGCAGCAGCAGCAGCAGCAGCAGCAGCAGCAGCAGCAGCAGCAGCAGCAGCAGCAGCAGCAGCAGCAGCACAGCAGCAGCAGCAGCAGCAGCAGCAGCAGCAGCAGCAGCAGCAGCAGCAGCAGCAGCAGCAGCAGCAGCAGCAGCAGCAGCAGCAGCAGCAGCAGCAGCAGCAGCAGCAGCAGCAGCAGCAGCAGCAGCAGCAGCAGCAGCAGCAGCAGCAGCAGCAGCAGCAGCAGCAGCAGCAGCAGCAGCAGCAGCAGCAGCAGCAGCAGCAGCAGCAGCAGCAGCAGCAGCAGCAGCAGCAGCAGCAGCAGCAGCAGCAGCAGCAGCAGCAGCAGCAGCAGCAGCAGCAGCAGCAGCAGCAGCAGCAGCAGCAGCAGCAGCAGCAGCAGCAGCAGCAGCAGCAGCAGCAGCAGCAGCAGCAGCAGCAGCAGCAGCAGCAGCAGCAGCAGCAGCAGCAGCAGCAGCAGCAGCAGCAGCAGCAGCAGCAGCAGCAGCAGCAGCAGCAGCAGCAGCAGCAGCAGCAGCAGCAGCAGCAGCAGCAGCAGCAGCAGCAGCAGCAGCAGCAGCAGCAGCAGCAGCAGCAGCAGCAGCAGCAGCAGCAGCAGCAGCAGCAGCAGCAGCAGCAGCAGCAGCAGCAGCAGCAGCAGCAGCAGCAGCAGCAGCAGCAGCAGCAGCAGCAGCAGCAGCAGCAGCAGCAGCAGCAGCAGCAGCAGCAGCAGCAGCAGCAGCAGCAGCAGCAGCAGCACAGCAGCAGCAGCAGCAGCAGCAGCAGCAGCAGCAGCAGCAGCAGCAGCAGCAGCAGCAGCAGCAGCAGCAGCAGCAGCAGCAGCAGCAGCAGCAGCAGCAGCAGCAGCAGCAGCAGCAGCAGCAGCAGCAGCAGCAGCAGCAGCAGCAGCAGCAGCAGCAGCAGCAGCAGCAGCAGCAGCAGCAGCAGCAGCAGCAGCAGCAGCAGCAGCAGCAGCAGCAGCAGCAGCAGCAGCAGCAGCAGCAGCAGCAGCAGCAGCAGCAGCAGCAGCAGCAGCAGCAGCAGCAGCAGCAGCAGCAGCAGCAGCAGCAGCAGCAGCAGCAGCAGCAGCAGCAGCAGCAGCAGCAGCAGCAGCAGCAGCAGCAGCAGCAGCAGCAGCAGCAGCAGCAGCAGCAGCAGCAGCAGCAGCAGCAGCAGCAGCAGCAGCAGCAGCAGCAGCAGCAGCAGCAGCACAGCAGCAGCAGCAGCAGCAGCAGCAGCAGCAGCAGCAGCAGCAGCAGCAGCAGCAGCAGCAGCAGCAGCAGCAGCAGCAGCAGCAGCAGCAGCAGCAGCAGCAGCAGCAGCAGCAGCAGCAGCAGCAGCAGCAGCAGCAGCAGCAGCAGCAGCAGCAGCAGCAGCAGCAGCAGCAGCAGCACAGCAGCAGCAGCAGCAGCAGCAGCAGCAGCAGCAGCAGCAGCAGCAGCAGCAGCAGCAGCAGCAGCAGCAGCAGCAGCAGCAGCAGCAGCAGCAGCAGCAGCAGCAGCAGCAGCAGCAGCAGCAGCAGCAGCAGCAGCAGCAGCAGCAGCAGCAGCAGCAGCAGCAGCAGCAGCAGCAGCAGCAGCAGCAGCAGCAGCAGCAGCAGCAGCAGCAGCAGCAGCAGCAGCAGCAGCAGCAGCAGCAGCAGCAGCAGCAGCAGCAGCAGCAGCAGCAGCAGCAGCAGCAGCAGCAGCAGCAGCAGCAGCAGCAGCAGCAGCAGCAGCAGCAGCAGCAGCAGCAGCAGCAGCAGCAGCAGCAGCAGCAGCAGCAGCAGCAGCAGCAGCAGCAGCAGCAGCAGCAGCAGCAGCAGCAGCAGCAGCAGCAGCAGCAGCAGCAGCAGCAGCAGCAGCAGCAGCAGCAGCAGCAGCAGCAGCAGCAGCAGCAGCAGCAGCAGCAGCAGCAGCAGCAGCAGCAGCAGCAGCAGCAGCAGCAGCAGCAGCAGCAGCAGCAGCAGCAGCAGCAGCAGCAGCAGCAGCAGCAGCAGCAGCAGCAGCAGCAGCAGCAGCAGCAGCAGCAGCAGCAGCAGCAGCAGCAGCAGCAGCAGCAGCAGCAGCAGCAGCAGCAGCAGCAGCAGCGCAGCAGCAGCAGCAGCAGCAGCAGCAGCAGCAGCAGCAGCAGCAGCAGCAGCAGCAGCAGCAGCAGCAGCAGCAGCAGCAGCAGCAGCAGCAGCAGCAGCAGCAGCAGCAGCAGCAGCAGCAGCAGGAGCAGCAGCAGGAGCAGGAGCAGCAGCAGCAGCAGCAGCAGCAGCAGCAGGAGCAGCAGCAGCAGCAGCAGCAGCAGCAGCAGCAGCAGCAGCAGCAGCAGCAGCAGCAGCAGCAGCAGCAGCAGCAGCAGCAGCAGCAGCAGCAGCAGCAGCAGCAGCAGCAGCAGGUCAGCUUGGUCAACAAGAACAACAAGACCAGGAACAAGCCCAGAAUCCUCGCCCGUUUCUCCCUCCGGCUCUACAGUCCUUGACUCUGCAUGGAAGUACUAAUAACGAGCAAAGCCUGUCCCCCUGGGCCUCCUCUACAAUCACACAGCUUAAGCUUGUGAACGACCUUGGAAUGCCUCUCUUCGUUCACUUCACUGCGCUUUCUAAGGCUGUCCAAUAUGGGAGUUAA